AUGCCGACUUCACUCCAUCCGCAAGCUAAAUUCGAUCCCAUUCCGCCAGACCUUGAUUUGUACGGCCUGGUAGAUCGGACACCGAAUUUCAAAUGGGUACAGAGAGUCUCAAGGUCUCAAGUACUUGGUCUUGGUCAGCAGGGGUUUGAAAAGCUUAUUCAAAUACAUGUUAUCGCUGGAGGGAAACCACUGGUCAUUGAUGGCUGGGAUGCGCUCUUGCCAGAGGAGCUCUUCAAUGUCAACUGGCUCGAAAAGACAUAUGAUAAAAAAGAGGAAAAUGUUCGCGACGUAACUGCCGGUACGGAUAUUCCAAUGACAACUGGACAUUAUCUGAGGUCGAUGAAGCAACUGACAAACCAAUGGACUCCACAAAACUUCCGGGAUGAGCGUCGGCAAAGACUUUACCUGAAAGACAUCGACUGUCCCGUGGAGUGGCGAUAUGAAUUGCAAACAAUUUUGCAUCCCAACUUAUUUUAUCUGAACGACAACGUCACAAAAUCAGGUUCAUCGAAUCCAACACGACGGCCUGGAGGCGAUGGUCAACAUGGCGAAAACUCCAUAGCUCCUGCGGGAGACCUCAUGUCAAGCCUACCCGAGGAGAUGCGGGCCGAAAACUUAAUGUGUUAUGUUGGUCACGAAGGCACCUAUACACCAGCUCAUCGAGAGAUGUGUGCUUCUGUUGGACAUAAUAUCAUGGUGGAGACCUCAGGUGAUAGCCCUGGAGAAAGACCCGGAAGUUCUAUCUGGUUCAUGACUGAAAGUAAAGAUCGUGAUGUGGUCCGUGAAUACUUUUUGUCGAUGUUGGGCCAUGAUAUUGAGAUUGAAAAGCAUUUUGCGCAAAUUAACGCUUGGAAGAAGGCUCCUUUCGAUGUCUACCUUGUCGAUCAGCGUGCUGGCGACUUUAUCAUCAUUCCGCCGCUGGCAGCCCAUCAAGUCUGGAACAGAGGUACUCGAACAAUGAAAGUGGCCUGGAACCGAACUACUCCUGAGACUCUGCGUUUGGCAUUGCGCGAGGCUCUACCAAAAGCGAGACUGGUGUGUCGUGAUGAACAAUAUAAAAACAAGGCGAUUAUAUAUUUCACCCUGCACAAAUAUUACCAGCUCUUGAAAGAAAUGGAAAGACAAGAAGAUAUCACCCAGAACAGCUUCAUGGGCAUUGGAAGAGACAUCGUCAGAAAUUCACCCCGGGCGAGACAGCUUGCUGGAGAUUUUAGGUCUCUCUUCAGUCUUUUUACAGAAAUACUUAUCGAUGAGGCCUUUGCAUACAACGAGAAACAAGUCGAAAGACUGCCCUUUGACUCAUGCGUCACUUGCUCAUACUGUCGCUGCAAUAUAUUCAAUCGAUUCCUCACCUGCAAAAAUUGCACAAGGGUCCUUGUUAACGGAGAUGAAGAUGCAUACGAUAUAUGUAUGGAAUGUUACGCCAUGGGAAGGUCCUGUGCUUGCUUAUCUGGUCUUCAAUGGUGUGAACAAUGGUCUUGGUCUGAGCUUAGCGGGAAAUAUGAGCUAUGGCGUGAGAUGGUCAUCGUCAAUGAUGGUUUUGUUGAUCUGCAUAGCUCACCUCCUCCUUUCGAGACGGCUCGACAAAAAUCAGCCAAGAAAUCAGUGGCGCAGAUAUGUCAGGAGGCCCUCAUCAGGCGCCCGUGGAAAGAUAUUACGAAGCAAGACGUUGGCAAAGUUGCGAGUGAUUCUGAGCAAGGAGACGUUGAGGAUGAACCUAAGAAGAAAACGAAAAGGAAGCAGAAGAAGGGCGAAGUCCGCCGAUGUCACGUAUGCUGCCAUAAGGACUACAGUUAUCGAGUUCAUGAAUGCUCGAAUUCGGAGUGUGCAGAAGCAUAUUGCUACGGCGUUCUCUAUAGAGCUUUCGAUAUGAUGCCGCAGGCAGUUUUGCAAAAUGAAACUUGGCAGUGCCCAAAAUGCUUGGGCAUUUGCAAUUGUGGGUAUUGUCGUCGGGCAGGAAACACGAACCCAUAUACACCUAAGAAUACUUCCCUUGGCCAUGAUACUCGACCAAUUGCGGAUGACAGAAGUGUUGAAGCCCUGGUUGAUUUUCGGGUGCACAAUCUGUCAUGGCUGAAGGCUGCUGGAGAAGAAAGCCGGAGCAGAGAUAGCCGGAGAAUGCAAAUAUUGCGGCAACAAGCUGACCACGCCAAGGCACGAAGCGAGCUGGCUGAAGUCGAAAGUGAAAGGGCCCUCCUUGGAGACCGCGAUAAUUCUCAGAGGGCCACGAACACCGACCCAGAGGGUCGCGAUCCUGAAAGACAGAGUGCUCAUGAGUAUCCCACACUCGCCUUGGAGUCCGGAAAUAGCUCACGGCCAAGGUCGGAUUCGGCGGGACCACUGGUUGCGCAUGACGGCAUAUCUCCUUACCCAGAUCCCUCUGUAGCCUCAAAUUAUGGUAUCGGGAUGGGGUAUUAUGAGCAGGAUGAUACACCCGACAAAAUCCUCUUCGAUCCAUAUAAAGCCCCCUCUCCUAGUGCUAUUCACCUCGCCGACCUCGAAGUACCUGAUUCCGUCAAGAAGUCUAUUCGCGCUGCGAAGAGGAAAGCCAAACGGGAGAAUGAGGACCCAGAUUUCAUAGUCGGGAGAUCUAGUCACAAACGGACACGGCAUACAAAUGGCGUAGAUAUAUUGGAUAAUUUGGAUCCAGCGCUUUUUGAUGUGGAGCCGUCGACGGCAUCAUCAACGUUGCGUCAGAGGCGGGUGCCAUCGAGUAACACCAUUAGACACCUCGCGGAAAACCAAGAUGGAAAUCUAGAGACACUUUCAACUGAGCCCCUUACCGAGACCAUGCCCACGGAGCCUACUCUUCGGCAUGCAAGGCCUCUAGCAUCAUACGUAGAAGUUGAUGAUGUUGACAUGGAUGAAGUAGAGGAGGGUGAAAUGGUUGGCGAAGGAUCUGGUCAAGAGGCCGUUUUGGACGAUAAGGCUGCGGAAGCGAUUGAAGAAGCUCGACUCUCGGAGGUUCAAAAUAGUGGACUUCAACAGGAGGCGUCGGUAACAUCAAAACACUUGGAAUCAACUCAGGGCCGGAAAAGCCGCGUACGACCUUUACAGGUCAGUUUGAGGUCUGUCGACUCUGUAUCAAUGACCGACCCGAUAAGCCCCAGGCCGGCCAUUCGCAGGCGUGGGCGACCAAGAAAAUCAACGGUUGUCUCUCUUAAACAAUCGGAUACAGCAGCAGAUGGUACAGCAGGAGCAUUAAGGGAUCAGGGUGAAUCUCUAGGCGAGGCUCCUGAUACCUCUAAUGUGAGGUCAAGCAAUUACCAGCAGUUGAAAAGCAACUCUUCAAUCGGAGCGUCUUUGCAACAACACGAGGAACCAUCAGUGCGUAGCGUUGCGACGGUCGAAAUAUCCCAAGAACGUAAUCUCAAAGAUGUUGGACGUGAACUGCGCUCUAACCCCAGAGGCAGGGAAUCACAACCAGAGGCCAAGAACCCAGCUUCUCAAGUACGAAAUUUGAAGUCUGCAAGUCAGUCAUUCAUGUCAAUGGCGGAAAGAUUGGCUCUCAAAGGCAGGAAAUUUAAGAUCGGGAAGCGAAGAGCCGCUGCCAGUCCAUUACUGAAGGAUAAGGAUGGUGGAUCACAUGUUUCUGAAGCAUCAGAAUCUACGAUUAGAGAGUCGCGUCAGGUUUUAUCGGCGGUGGCUGGUCGCACAGAAGGUAGCUAUCGUCAUCAGUCACAAAGUCGGCCUGGUCCACGAACAAGCUCGGCGGCGGCGGGACCGCUAACCAAUCUCUCAGACGAUGAGCAGGAAUCCGUCUCCAAGUCAUCAGAUAUCUCCACUACCCAGAAAACAGUUGUGAGAUUGACGGAUAUGGUGUCUAGCGAAGACGAGCACGGGAGCACCAUAGACAUGGCGGUAUCAUCUAGUGAUGACAGCGGCGAUAGUGACAUUCCUGCAAGCGGAAUGAACAGCCGAGAACGUGCUUCGACUGAACUAGGCUAUACCCAGUACCGUGGGGGAAGAAGGGGAGGGGGAAGGGGAAGAGGAAGGCGUAGAGCUAGACCGUUGCGCACGGAGACGUGUGUAGGUACAUGGUCGGAUAUCGAAGGGAGUUGGCCUCAAAUGGAACUGCAUGAUCAGUAUGGAAUUCGAGGGAUUUCAAUAUACCUGACAUCGUUAGUUGCUGAAACCAGACGCACAAUAGUGUUCAAAGACAUUACAUGGGUUACACCCAGGACACCCCAAGUUCCACCAGAAGAACGGUAUGAUUUGGCAUGUGAUCAGGGCAUAAUCGUCCAAGACCCGUACAAGGUUUGGCAACUGGACAUGCUGUCUCUGGCGUCCACGUGGGAGGCAUCUGGCUCAUUCACUCGCUCAUGCACAUGCAGAGGCACCGGCAUCUGUUGGCUGACAGCCUACAUGUGUAUAUUGCACCUGGUCUUGUUAGUUCCAAUCCAGGCACCGGACUUGCUGGGAAUCCUCUCCACAAUACGGGGUCUUCUCAAUCUCAUCAAAUUCAUUGUGGUGAUAUCCCGGUCUGCUAGGUUCAGCCGCGUCGCAACCGGGCUACUACUAGGCACCUUAGUCCAGGUACCUAAUACUUACAUAACUCGAGCUCAAGGCUCAAGUACAAUCCGAGUCGACAUGUUAAAUAGCACGACGUCCCCCGCUCCAGUAGACUUGUCUCACCAGCUGACAGGAACGAGGAGGAGAAAAAAAAGCUGUUCAUUUACUAUGCCUUUGGCACACAAUACAAUGGGACGGCGUGUACUAUUUGCCGAGAUCAUGAUAGCUUUGGUGGUGGCAAGUUCGGCCGUCCACGGCACGAGGGCUAUUGACACAAGCUGGCACGCUCCGGCAGAAACACAGCUCAACAACCUUACGUCGGCGCUGGCUUCCAAUGGGGUCUAUGGGUUUAUUUUUAAUUCGUCAAAUACUCCCCAACACGAGUAUGGAGUAUACAACUGGUGCAAUAUGCCACAUGUUCGACCAACAGAGUACGUUGUGGCCGACAAGGCAUAUGAAUUACAAUAUGUUGAAUUGAUUCACAGGCACCACAAGCGGACGCCGUACGCUUCAAAUGCUUUCCCGGUUGAGUCUUACCAGUGGAAUUGCGAAGAUGCACACUUGUUUCUCUACGGCGAACCUUUGCAGGGAAAGCAAUCUUCUCCCGUAUUUCGAAAAGGGCACAUCUCUCCGAUGAACCCAUUCGUGCCACCUGGCUGGAUUGGGAGCUGUAAUUUUCCUCAAAUUACGUCUGGCGGUCUAAGUGACUCGUGGCAGCACGGUGCUGAUCUGUAUGCCGUGUAUCAUGAUCUCUUGGGGUUCCUUCCAUCGAGAAAUUCGGACUACAAAUCCUCUGUGCGAUAUCGCGUUACUAAUAAUGUUAUCACGAGCCAGGUUGCUGGCAUGGUAGUCAGCGGCAUGUGGUGGACAAACGAUCCAUAUCCCCUAAUUGUUGAGAUUUCAUUCACGUCCCAUGACUAUCCUGCUUCUAUUUCCGUUCUCGUAACGGCACCCUCCACAAUAGCCUACUUGGUCUGCCUCCUCACUCCGUUGCUGACAAAAGCUGUUGUUCCUAGGCCCCAGGAGUCGACAGCUUGGAACCACAAUACCCUUCAUCUAGAGGCGUCCGCAGCGUUGUUCAGUACCCUCGAUGGUAUCUCGGGAGUUCCCUCGAGCGAUGGCGCAUUCCACUCGUCAUUCGACCACUACUAUGAUAACCUCUCCGCUAGACAAUGCCAUGCUAAACCUUUACCCUGCAAGCUAGUUGAUGGCCAGAACAGCACUAAGUGCAUCUCGCAGGACCUUGCCAAUGCGGUCUAUCGUCUGGGAAACUGGGAAUACAGUCAAAUAUAUCGUGAUCAUCCCUCGUCACUCCCCGCUAGUGUUGCGUCUCUCGGGGUCUGGAUUGGAGAGCUCACGUCCCAUCUGCGUGAUGUUAUGGGUGGAUCAAGUGACAUACGCUACUUCCACAACAUAGCUCAUGACGGAUCAUUGUCUCGUCUACUCUCCGUCUUGCAGAUUAAUGAAAUGGUGUGGCCAGGAAUGGGCGCAGAAGUAGUCUUUGAGCUGUACAAGCGAAAGGACCAUGGACCAAACCCUAGCCCAACGACGUCCGUGGUCGCACCUCGUUGUCAUCAUGACAACUGCCUUCGACAUAUGCUUCAGCAUCCUACAUCAGCAAGUAUACUUUGCCAAAACGUCACCAGUUCGACAAGUGGCUCUCCAACUUUUCCACGCUCGUUCCUAGCAGAAUGCUCUAGUCAAUCUCGACUUGUGUCAGCCUGCUCCUGUAUAUCUAGCACGACAAUAAAGACGGCUCCAGCUCCUUCGCAAACUCCCUUGUCUAUUCCAUCCCGGCAUUACAUUCGUGUGUUAUUUGGUGGCAAGAUUCUUCAAUCUUCCAACCCCAACCUAGGCCGCAUGGAUAUGUUGCCGGUCGAAGUUCUACUAGACUAUCUUGAAGGUCUAGUUGGAAAGGGCGGGGGUCUUGUGAAGUCCAGGUGUCAAAACUAG